AUGCUCGGGCUCUCUACCCAGGACCUGGCGGACGACUUUGAAGACCUUUUUCCGAGCGGCACCCAGAUCGCCCAAGAGAUUGCCAAGGUCGACGAGACCUCCUGCCGCGAGACAACCCCAAAAGUAGCGUCACCAAAGGUGGAAGAGGCUCAAGCGGAUGUGAAGGCCGAUCUCGAACCGGAGGUAUCCUUUGACCUCGGGUUCCUGUCCACGCAGGACCUCGAAAUCACCUCCGACGACCUGCUCGAGAUCGUUGGCCCCAAACCUAGCUUGCCGCCCGCCCUUGAGACAACUCCGAAGCCCCCGAGCCCCCGAAACGCGCCUGCCAUGGCUGCGGAUUUGCCCGUCCUCAGCACGCAGGACAUGUUCCUGUCGGACGACCUGAUACUUCCUUCAUCGCCCAACUCUCACCCCUACAACGGCCAUCGCUCCCACCGGCACCGCAAUCUCCGACCCCACAGCCCCGGCGCUCGCCAACCCCCAGCAAGCUCCCGGUCCUGCCCCGCCCCCGCCGUCUCACCCUCCCCGAAGAGCCGCAACCCUUCUUCACCGCCAGCGGCACUAGCGAGCUCAUCUCUCGCCAUCCUCCGCAGUAACCGCACAGCCGCCCUCGAGCGCCAAGCCUGGAGACCCGGCCCUGCCAAACAGGCGAAACCCCGCAUCGCGAGGCCGCCGCCGCCGCCGCCGCCGCCGCCAAAUCCUCCUAGACCUCUCCAGCCCUACGCGGCAGCUCCGUCUACACGGCUCGGCAACAGCCCGACGGCGAUGAAGAAGCCUCGUCUGCCGCCGCCGGCGGGUAAAGAAAACGAGGAGCCGUUGCUGGGGAAGAAGAGGGCGGGAUCGACGCCGACGCGAGGACGGGCGAAGAUGGCGCGGGUGAAGAGCGAUUAUGACGAUGGGUGGUGGGAUGAGUUGGAGGAGGAUGAUUGGGCGACGGUGCUUAGUGCAACGCCGGCGAAUAAAAUCUAG